UUAUUACUUACUUUUAAUAGCAUGCGAGUAUAAGUGCGUCUUUCCACUUGACAAGAUGGCAUUUGUACUUUGAUUGAGCUUUGGGUUUCGAGCAAUAUAACUCUCCUCUUAGACCCACCACCCCCAACUUUCUUCACUGCUCUCUUUCUUGUUCUUGAGCUAUAUAUUUUCCAUAACGUGGGUGGUGGUGGAGUGUUAGUAUUUUCUCUGUAAAAUGGGAGGUUCUUGCAAUGAACGCCUUGAUUUUGGCAAAAUGGGUUAUGGAUGCAAGCACUAUAGGAGAAGAUGCAGGAUUAGAGCCCCUUGCUGCAAUGAGGUCUUUGACUGCCGCCAUUGUCAUAAUGAAGCCACGAGCAUGUUGCGCAAAAUUUUUGAUAGGCAUGAACUAGUUCGAGAGGAUGUCACGCAGGUCAUCUGCUCAGUUUGUGAUACGGAACAGCCAGUUGCUCGCGUUUGUACAAAUUGUGGUGUCAAUAUGGGAGAAUACUUUUGUGAAGUGUGCAAAUUCUACGAUGAUGAUAUAGACAAAAGGCAGUUUCAUUGUGAUGAUUGUGGAAUCUGUAGAGUUGGUGGUCGCGAGAACUUCUUUCAUUGCAAGAAGUGUGGCUCUUGUUAUUCAGUCAGUCUGCGUAAUAACCAUUCGUGCGUGGAGGACUCCAUGCGGCAUCAUUGUCCUAUUUGUUAUGAGUUUCUCUUUGAUUCUCUGAAAGACACAACUGUAAUGAAAUGUGGGCACACAAUGCACACAGAAUGCUACCACGAGAUGAUAAAGCGUGAAAAAUUCUGCUGUCCAAUAUGCUCCAGAUCAAUUAUAGACAUGUCCGAAGCUUGGAAACAAAUGGAUGAGGAGAUUGAUGAGACAAUCAUGCCUGAAGAUCUUAGAUAUAAGAAGGUUUGGAUUCUUUGUAAUGACUGUAAUGACACAACUGAAGUAUUCUUCCACAUAAUCGGGCAGAAGUGCAGACACUGUCAAUCAUACAACACCCGUAUGAUUGCACCUCCUGUUCUUCCUCAAUAACAACUUUCUACUCCAGAAAAACUGAUUGUUUUGCGCCACUAAACCUGGUGCAGUGGACGUGAAAUAGAAGAAGUUUACGGUGUUACCUUCAUAUUACCGCUAAUUCUUUUGUGUCAAUUCUGCAUGAUUCAUGGCCAUUGCAACAAUUCAACUCUUGUUGCAAUGUGGAAGCAUUUGUGACAUGGAUUUUUUCUCCAAAGACGUGAGAGCAAAACCCAACUAAUUUGUUUCAGGAGUCUGGACUCUGUAGGUGUACACAUAUAUUGUCAUAACAUUUCAAGGGCCUAGCUUGUUUUGAGCUUCAAAAUUGAAAAUGGAACACGUUUUAGUAUGGUAGUUAAUAUUGUUGAUUUGAUUCCA